UUAAUUUCACUAGCUUAUGUCGUGAAUUAUUUUCCACUAUUUAUAUAGUAAUUUUUAUAACUUUGCACUAUACUACUGGUGUGAAAUAACACAUUUCAUGUCAUAUAAUUCAGUGAUAAUGGAGGUGAUUCUGAUUCCUGAAUUAAAUAAAUGUUGGAUCAGACCAUACCACCCACUCCUGCUCAUUCUCAGCCAGCUGCAGAAGAGGGCUUGACUUCUCAGCAUCAGACCAAGAUCUGGACUUUGCUCUGUUUGGCUUCAGACUGACAGACUGAGAUCUGGCUUCUGAGUCAUGCUGUCAUUUCACCAAUGGCAUCCUUCUUAUCAUGAUUGGUGCUUGAUGAGCCAGUGAAAGGCUGGAUCCAGCCCACAAGAUUGAUGUCCAAGCCAGGGAGCAGGGAAUAGGGUUAAGUUAACAUCUGUGCAAGGCAAGGAAAUUGCCUUUUAUGUUUUGACUCAUGCUUCCAGAUUUUUUUUAUUUUUUGGUAGUUGUUGAUUUUAUUUGGCCCAAACUUUUCAAUUAAUUGUCUAAUUUAUUACCAUUUCUAUACUGAAACCAAGGUUUGUGUUGGUGUCUGGUUCCUAAAAGUGGGCUGUUUAUCAAUGAAAGAACAGACACUCAGGACGUAAAUGCCAAGGUUCCUUUAGUCAGAUUCUGAGCUCAGGGAUGGUAUCGCAGUUGAUGUUAGGUUGCAUAGUUUUUGGCUCGGGUCUGGUCACAGAUUCACUGGGAUCAUGGCUGGUGUUAUACAGCCAUGGAGUCCCAACUAAUGCCACUCAUUUGUACUAACUUCUCAUUCCAGCUCCUCAUUCAGACCCUUCUCUGCCAAGGAAAAUCCAAGUGAUCUUUCAGGCAUUUAAAUGUUGUCCAUAAGACAUGAGCAGAAUUAGGCCAUUUGGCCCUUUGAGUCUGCUCCACCAUUCAAUCAUGGCUAAUUUAUCUUCCCUCUUAACCCCAAUCCCUUACCUUCUUCCUGUAAUCUGACCCCAUAACCAGGGGACUGUCAGUAAUUCUGCUUCCAGUACUCCCUCCGGCAGUGUGUUCUGGGUACUUGCCACUCUCUGGGUGGAACCUACCCUUCAGAUUCUCUAAAUCAUUUUCUCUUCACCCUAAGUCUAUCUCCUCCAGUUUUUUUCUACUGGUGUGGGUUGAAGUUUUCUUUUGUCAACAUACUCAGGUUUUAGUUACAUCCGUUCCUAACCUCCUCUGCCUCAGGAAUAACAGAACCAGCCUCCCGGAACUGAAACGCUGAAUCCUGAGGAGCCUCCUUUGCACAUCUCCAGCACAGUCCUGUGGGUUGGUUGUAUCUGGGUUAGGGUGGUCCUACCCAGGUUAGAGGUGGACCUAUCCAGGGUUGGAGUUUAGUGUUUGGUAUUGGAUUAGAAUUUGUCUUUAAGGGUUAGGGCUCAGAGGUUGGGUGCUGAUUUUGGGAGUACAUCUGUCAGUGAAGUGAUGGUUAUGGGGUUUGUUCUGGCUGGUGUAAGGAUAUGUUGGGUUACCAGGUUAAGCAGAUGGGUGAUUGUGGGGUUUGCUUUGACUGGUGUGAGGUUACUUUGGGUUAACUGGUUAAGUUCUGUGAGCAGCUUUCCGAUGUUUCCCUUUCACUGGUGCCAGCCACUCUGGUUUCCAUUUGUCAUUGCUUUUUACUGUCGACCCUCGGUGGGUCACCCUGAUAAGAGUUAAGAAUGAGACAAGGAAGAUGUGCAAUAGAUAAGAUCUUAAGUCUUGUAGAGUCCUGAUGAAGGUAAACAUUGAGUGGGGGUGGGGGUGGGGAAUGCUGCUGGAUACCUCUCUCCUGCAGGAUUACAGCUACUCUGGAGGUGACUGAACCCAACCAGGUCUUUUACUAAGAUGGUAUUUCACAGAGACUUUUGGAGUUGGAAUGGUCAGUGGUUACUACAAACGAUUUGAGAUGACAGUCUGCUCCUUAGUCUGUUUCAAUGUGAGCACAGCCGUGCUGCGUAACGGGGCAAAGGUUACUCGCUGCUCUGGGGGAGUGUAUAGGUAGGCGGCGAGACCCUUGUACACGCUUUAACUACAGAUCACAUCAUCUCCAGCCCAGAGGCUUACUGCAUUUCACUACCACAGUUUUGUGUGGCUUGGUAAUUCCUGCUUUAUUGUCCUUUCUGCUGAAUAGAGCAGGGGUGGGGAGACAUCUAUACGUUUGCGGUGAAGUGUCGUAUUUCAUGGGAGUGCUUCCUAGUACCUCCCAGUGCGAGGAGUGCCAGACAGUCUAGGCUUUGCUUCGCUGCCUGCAAACGGUUAGGUGUAAAGCAGCGAAACAGGCUGGACUUCUCACGCUCAUGCGCCUCCGACCUUGCAGAGGAUCAGGAAAUAAUUCUGCCCAAUACUGCGGAGGGUGCUGGAGCUUGUAACACGCAGCGGGAGUGAUUGUUGGCUGUAGGGUGGAGUUCGUCCACCACUAGAUGAUGUGGGAUUAAUGUGAGUCAGCAAACUACACUGACAUUCCUGGUUGUUUAAAGUAGAGUCGAGUUAGAUGGAGGCGGAGUGGGAUUUUCCGGGUAUUUUACCAUGUUCUGCACCAGCACGGUUCUGUUGACGCGUUGGCCGGUGGACUUCACUUUUCAAGCACCAUGAGCUGUCAGACAAGCUAUAAAUUGUUCAGUGACUGUUAAAAUAACUCUUGGUUAGAAAAUAAUUAGAGGGUUUACUGUUUUCUGAAGUUGAUCCAUCCAGGCAACCAUCCGAUGUGGAAAGUGUUUCGAAGUCCGUUUGGAUUUGACUUGUUCAUGUUUGCUGUUGGUUCUGCGUGGGGCUGAGCACACCCAGGGAGUCUUUUGUUACUGAACUCCGCCGAGCUCCUGGGAGGGAGUCACCGGACAGUCGUGAUGGAUGAUUUCUCCGGCUUGGAGGUAACGUUGAAAAAUAAAAAAAAGGCAAAAUCGAACUCUUUACGGCGAGCACUAAGCUGGCUAAGGCUGUCAGGACGCAAGAAAAAGAGGUCGCAGAGUGAAGGGGACAAAUUAGCAUCCAGGCUGAGAAAAGGUUCUCAAAGUUCAGAUACUUCUAAAUCUGACGAUGAGACGAAUUGGGCUCUGCGCUUCAAACCGUCGCUGUACCAGCACCGUCAGGAGAAUGUAUUCCAGCCAGCAUCCAGGCCCGCGCACAUUGAGGAUCUGCACAAGGAAGCUGAGUUUGGCCUCAGAUCUCUCCAGGAGCAAGUGUCAGGAUCCCUGGACGGCGGCUCAGAGCUACGGCUUGGAAAUGGCCAGGACAGCACGGACAACUGUAGCCAGAUUUCACAGGAUGAAGAUUCGCCUGAUCUCCCAGAUUCAGCAUCAGGCGGUCCUGGCGAUGAAGUCUGGACAAAGACUCGGUCUCUCCCACCACCGACUCCCGACGAAAUCCGGAGGAAUACACUGGUGAUCCAGCCAGCCGUCAGUUCAACAGGAGCAACAUUUAAGCCCCAGAAAAUGCAAUCAUCCUUCAAAGGCCCUAAACUGAAAGAGAAACGAAUUCGGAGGACAACCAUAAUGGGACUUCCCCAACACAUUCAGCAGGAACUCGGGCUAGGAAAAGGGCCUCGUCCUUCAAAGGCUGAUGGGACAGACCACACUGGCCCCACCUUGGUAUCCAGGGGAGAUGAAAACCAUUGUUUCAAUAAUCUGUCCCAUUCUCGAGUUAGGAGCUCCUUGCGAUCUAUAACUUUCUCUGAUCCAUCACGGCAAGAUAAUGAAUCUAAAAGCACCUUAGGACUUCAUUACCUGCACAACUGGACACCGAUGGAUUCUUCUGAUAGACCAAAGUCACUAGCAGCUCCAAAGUCGUCCGUACCAAGUGAACUGCUUCAAAGUCCGGUCAUGUCCAUGUCACCUCAGGCAACCUAUUUGUCCAAGAUCAUUCCCAAUGCCAUCCUGCCCCCCACGGUGGACGUGGUGAUGAUCAGCAAUAGCCAGAAUUGCCUGCGCAGGCUCAGUAACAGCAGUGUGCUGUAUGCACCCUCUCCCGCCUGCUCCCGCUCCGUUUCCCUACAGAAUUACGAUGGCAGGGAUUGUGCUUCCAGUGAUGCAUGGAGUAAUUCCCAGUCUUCAGAAACCAUUGUAUCAAACAAUUCCACUAUUUCAUCACAGGGAAACACCAGAACUGCAUUAAAUAAUCAUUCCACAGAAACAGAUGGAGAGAAAGUGAGGGUCGAUCAUAACUUGACAGAUACACCUCUGGAUCACCGAGCAAGCACUAGCCGAUGGGUUAGUGCGUGCACUGCUGAAUCUGCUCUACCAGAGGCCGUAAGUCCCUCUGCUCAGCUUAACACUAGCUGUAAACCCACUGAGCUCCACAGCAAUGGCUAUGCUAACCAGUCGCUCUCUCCUGCGCACAGCACAUUCAGCAUCACUGAUAUCUCAGAUACACAGAGCAUCACCAGUGAACGGUCCAUUACAAGAAGCCUGUCAGUCAGGAAAAUGAAGAAGCCCCCCGCUCCUCCGAGGAGAAUGCAUUCCUUACAGCACGAGGAGGAGCAGGACCCAGAGCUGAGAGCAAGCGGCUCAAGGUUUGAAUUGUCUGUUGAGUCCCCAGCAGGAGGAAACAAUGAAAACCCUGUUCUCAGUCAGAGGUUGGUGCCCACCUACAAUGAAACAUCCAACGGGAAGUUUCUUCCUCCUCAGGAUACAAGCUCAGCCAGUCAGUCUGAGCCCACAACGUCACCAUCUAGUGGAAGUCCAGCACCAGUGAGAGUUCUUGUGCCUCCUCUAUCUCCCACUGGAGAGUCCAGGCCAGGAGCACCUGGGAGGUCAUCAUCAUUUUCUGCCCCAGCAAGGUCUGCCUCUACGUCUUCAGCCCCAUCACCAUCUUCUGUGUCAAAAUAUGCCCACCUGUUUAUAAUUCCCCCUCCUCCUUCCACUCCUGCUCCACCCCCUCCCAAUGUAAAACCAUUUAAAGUUCCAGCGGCUGUAACCUGCCGCUGGGCACUAGAGGCAAUCCCACCCCCUCCACCAGGGCCUGCACCGUUGCCACCAACAAAACGGCCUUCCUUCCUCUUCAACAUCCCUGCUUUUGGCUCUUUACACCCUAAUUCUCCACAGGUUCCUGUGCCUGCCCACACCACCCCACUGGUCACUGCACCUGCCUGCACCACUCCAUUGGUCACUGCAUCUGCUCAUACCACCACCUCAUUGGCCAUCAUAUCUACACCUACUACAAACCCAUUGGUUACUUCAUCUACAUCUGCUGUGACAGCAUUGGUCACCACAUCGGCACCCACUGCGACCCCAUUAGUCAGUGCAUCUGAACUUACUUCAGCCCCAUUGGCCACCACAUCAGCAUCCACUGUGACCCCAUUGGUCAAUGCUUCUGAACCCACUACAACCCCAUUGGUCAAUGCAUCUGAAGCCACUACUACUCUAUUGGUCACCACAUCUGCACCCACUACAACCCCAUUGGUCACUGUGUCUGAGCCCACUACAACCCCAUUGGUCACCACAUCUGUGCUCUCUACAACCCCAUUGGCCACCACCUCUGCACCCUCUACAACCUCAUUGGUCACUGCAUCUGAACCCACGACAACCCCAAUGAUCACCACAUCUGCACCUAUUACAACCCCAUUGGUCACCAUACCAUCACCCACUCUGACUCCAUUGGUCACCACUUCUGAACCCACUGUGACCCCACUGGUCACCACAUCUGGGGCUCCAAUAGUCACUGGUUCACUAGCUCCAGGCUUGUUAGCCUCAGCCUCAGGACCCAGUGUAGCACCGAGCACAUCUAUCUCCACCUCUGUCUCCUCCUCCACCACUGAGCAGGUUCAGAUCGGAGUCAUUCCACUCCAGGUGAAGCAGUUGUCUCCUCCACCUUCACCCCCUCCUUCCCACAAUCCGCCUCCACCACCAAUGAAAACAGAUACUGAACAACCAUCAGUUCCAUCCUCCUCAACCAAACUGGAACAUCCACCUGUGGACUGGCCGCCCCCCCCACCCCCUCUGCCUCUGGGGGAAAUGCUGCCAGUUACUGAGGGAGCUGCUGCUGAGUUCCUGUUCCCCCCACCACCCCCCUCUCUGCUGGAGGACGCAGCAGAAGGAAACAGAUCUCCUGAAGAUGUAUUUGCUUCGCUCCCACCCUCAGCCCCUAUGGGGCUUUCACCACCCCCUCCUCCCCUGUUGCCUUCAGGGACCACCACUUCAUCGCCAAAGCCCCUCACACUAACUCCAUCUUCAGCCACCAAGCAACUUCAGCCAAAGACUCAAGCUGUAGAGGGAGCCGCUUCCGGCUUCCCAAAAACUGGUCUGCCACCAAGUGCACCCAGUCAGGACUUGGCUAAGGGACAGGACAUUUCACCCUCAUCACAAGCAGGUCCUGAUGAACAAACUAGUGCUCCCAUUGUCACCCCCUCAUUGCUACAGAUGGUUCGAUUGCGCUCAGUACAGAUGAAUGCCUCUGCUGUGGGAAUGCCAGAUAGCAAACCCCAAAUGAACCGGAGCCAAAAUGAUGCAAAGCAGCCAAACAAAAGUAACAUGACUCCCCCCAGUAAACCUGCUCGCAAGUCCUUGUCCCAGCGACUAUCAUCUUCAUCUGACUCGGAGCCUGCACUGAACGCCAGCGUUCCUCUCCCUUUGAAGACCCCGCCCCACAGUAACACAGGAGCAGCAGCUCAGGGACAUGCCCUGGUAAAACCAGGAGACAACGAGACUCCACUCAAAUCUCCGGCUUCCACCGCCAGCUUCAUCUUUUCAAAGAAUGUCAGUCCCAAGAAACUGGUGUUCGAAACCCCUCGAUCACCGGAGGCAGAGGCCCAGGCCAAGAGGAACUUUAUGGCUGAGCUGGCCUCGGUGUCUGGACGAAUAGCCUCAAAGACUGAGUCCAGGAGUUCAUCAGGCCCAACAGCUAAAGCAGUCCCAGAGGAACAGAAGAGAGCUGGCAGAGUCCCACCACCCGUGGCUAGGAAACCUUCAUUCCUGUCAGGUUCUCAGAGACUGCCCUCCACAUCAACCAAAGUGACAGAUGCACCGGAAGCGUCACAGACUCUUCAAGUAACCAGUGAUAUCCAAGAGGAGAAAGGUGAGGUGAAGACUGGCAAUGGAGAGGUGUCACUGUGUAAGGGUGACUGAAGGACACAUCAAUCCUCAGGAUAUCACAGAAGACACCUUCCCUGGAAUACCUGGCCUUAAAUCCAAAGAAACAUUUCUCAGAAAAGUUUUAUUGCUAAAAGAUUAUAGCCUUUUUAUGCAAAAAAUGCCAUGUUUGCUGCACCUUUGACUUUAUACUGUAGCUAUGCAUUCUCUGAGUAGUGACUGCUGGGGUUACAGUUCAGCAGAUGAAAGACUUUUCCUGGGGGAGCCACCGCCCCUUUGUUCUGCACUCUGCAGUUCUCUGCCCCUUUGUGGCUGUGUGUGGUAUGGCUUAGACUGCCGGCUGAUGCACAGACCGGUUGGUCUGAGACCUUAAGGACAUUAUAUCUUGCCUAAAAAAAAUCAAAAGUUUUUAAAAAAUCAGUAGGAAGCACACUUUUAUCAAGUGGGGGGUUUGGGAUUGAUUUUUGUCUGAAUCAACAGCUGCUCAUGAUUUAGAAACCUAUUGCCUUUAUUAACUUUUACUAAUAACUUAAAAUGGAAAGUAAGACGUCCUGUCACAUUGACAGUUCUCCCAUGGUUCAGAUCAAGUAGUCAGGUGCUGUAAUGAGCCAAUGUUUGACCACAAGCCUACUAUACAAUCUGACCCUCAUCCAAUAAGAUGUUUAAAGAUACGGGGCUGUCACAAACUGCUGGUCCUUUCCACUGGCAGCUCCUCCACUCUGCCAUUGUGCCUUCAGCUGAAGAUGGUGGUAUGUCUCCCACCUAUGUUGCAGUAUUGCAGGAUUGGAUGAUCUGGGCACUGGAAUGGUGAACGGAUGAGCAAGCUGCUAUGCCUGAUGCUAGUGAGAGCUUUAAGCUGGCAGUUUUAACAGACCUAAUGAUUUAGGUUUGGUCUGCUUAAGGACUGGCCUGCAUGUCUUCAGACAAUUCGCAAACUAGUGACUUAACGGUGUUCAAUGGAUUGUAGCAAGUUGGUUUGAUUCUUGAGAUCAGUGUUUCAAAAUGAACAGUGGGAAAGAGCUGAAGCGUUUGAUUACUAAGUGAGCACAAAGUUUGUAGGGAACAGCUAAGUGAGGGGCUCAGUUUUGCUGUUUAUAAUCUGCAGAAUUCCAGCCAUAAAUUGACUAAUUCUCGACUUUUUUACAAACUGGUGGAUGGUAUGUUCACCUGACACACAUAACUUAAUGUGAAUGCUUAUCUCAUUUAAUAGAUGGUUGGAAGAUGAGGCUUAUACAGUUUUUUCAUCCUUCACUGAAUUUUCUACUUUAAUUGGAGUCGGUUGGGACCAAUGAUGUGCAAACUUUAUUUCACCAGUGUCCUGGUUGAACUGGAGAAGGAACGGUAUGGAAAUUGUUCCUGCUGCUAUCUGGAGCUUUCUGAAAACACUCCAAAAAACUGGACCAAACAUUCACUACUGAUCUUUAUAUUCUGUUAGCAAAUGACUUAUGUCUUCCUGAAAUACAAAUACUUUGCACAGUUAGAAUUGCAACUGCUUUUGCCUUGAUUGUAGACAGGCAGUGAAGAUUAGACAGCAUUACUGAUGCGACACAUCUUAGAAAGGUCCUCUCCAAAAUGGACCAGCUUUUCCUGAACUUCAUAGAUUCCAAAGAGAACACACAUGAAGCCUCAUGUGCGCUCAGUCCUCAACUGUUUCCUCUUUACAAACAGGUGGGAACAGAAGGUAAUUUCCUUUUGCUUUAGGUCUCCUCCUUUGAAUCUUACAGUCAUAGAGCACCAUUCUACAUUAAAUGCCCUUUGACCCACCUAGUCUAUGCCAACCUGUUUUUCUUCCUAGUACCAUUGUCCUGCACCUGAAUCAUAGCCCUCCAUACCCCUCCCAGCCCGUGUACCUAUCCAAAUUUCUCUUAAAUGUUGAAAUCGAACCCACAUCCACCACUUUUGCAGGCAGCUUGUUGCAUAUUCUCACCUCCCUCAGAGUGAGGAAGUUCCCCUUAAACACUUCACCUGUCACUCUUAACCUGUGACCUCUAGUUCUAUCAAGAAUCACUCAACCUCAGUUUACCCUAUCUAUGCUGUAUCUUUGAACUUUUCCCUUUGUAUCUCCUCCCAGGUACCUAUCACUUUCUGUGAAUGUGCAGUGGGGUAACUAAGAACUCAGCCAGACCCUGUCUUGAAUGAAGCCCUGAGUUAUUGUCAAGACUUUCUGAUUGAAUUGAAUUACAUGAUGAUUAUCAGCUAAAUGUCUAGAAAUAGGGACAGAGAAAGUUAAACUAUGAACAUAAUCCUGGAACCCUGACCAUCGAGCUUGUAGUAAGUAGUUCUGAAGCACACCCACUAGCUUUCUGUUUAAUAUUGGAGGAGCUUCAGUAUGAGCGUAACCUGAGUGAUUGGACUUCAGGAGAACUUGUUCAGAAGUAUAAUCUAAAUCUUUGUAUUCCAUUGUGUUAAUGCACAAGUCAAAGUGCUGCUGCUCUCUGUUCAUCUUGAACGUUACUGUGCAAUGUACAGUUGUGCUUCGCCUUUACUAUCAAAAUGUUCAUAUCAAAAUAUUCAGUGGAAGAAUGAAACAAGAAAUGCAUGGAUUUUUAAUACACACCACAACCAGAGUUUGCUCACUGCCAAAUUUCAUACAGGUACAUAAUCAAUAUUCUGUGUAGUAGAACUUGUUACAACUUUUCAGUUUGAUUUAGCUUUUGAGCAAUCUAUAAGUGGGUAUGGUUUAUCUCUGGGGAACUUAUAAUUUUAGCAGAGCUUAACCUUCAUUAAAUAAUGGGCAUGCAUCUUUGUAAAUUGAUUUUCUUGCUAAGCUAAAAUGGGAAUUAUUUUUUCUUCAGGCACAUUAAAUUUUAUUUCAAGUGCUGAGAAAGUGUCAAAGAAAUUAACUUUGAUUAUUGACCCUUACAGGGUCCUUGAACAGAAUAGAAGUACCAACAAGUUCUGAAAAUUCUUUAAAUAAUGCACUUAAAAGAGUGUUAAUAUUUGGCUAUUAUAAAUUAAUAUUUAAGUAAAACUUUUGUUUUCUUCAGUUGAAAGGCCUAUUUAUGUGGGGGAUGUGGACAAGGUUAGAUCAGCAGAUGGCAAACGAUUACAGGCUAGUAUUUCCAAACUGUUUACAGGCCAAAGGGUCGAUGUGAUUUGGCUGGGGAUUGGGUAGGGUGGGCAGUGCAGGGGCUGUGGGUGGGGUGGGAUGAAUUUAAUCCACAUGGCUAUGUCUUAUAUUUGACACAUAAUCCCCAAUCUCUCAGGGUGCUCUUAAAAGCUCAAGGCAGUUUCCCAACCUGAAAUCAAUACUGCAUUGAACAAUUUUUCAUGCUCUCUGUGGACCAGUAGUUGUUUAUGCAAGAACUCUGCCUUUUAAUGGAUAUCUUUCAAGAGCUGUGCCUUGUCUACUCCAUUCCUGACACAACACUACAGUCAGAAAGGGCAGGAUUCAGGGUUGUGAACAGUUCAACCCUUCCCCAUACUCAUGACUAUGGGAUGUCCCAAAGAAAGAUCUCAAUAUUCAGGAUUACAAUUGCUAUAUACUGAUGGGGUUUCCCUGUUUCCUACUGUAACCAGUAUUAUUGGAAAAGUUCCAUAGGAUGAUGUUAUAUCUAUUGAGAAUCAUUAGAUAUUUUGUUCCACACUCUGCACUAUUCUGAUGGUUGCAAUUUGGUUUAAACUUCCCAAAAGGAAUGAGGGAGUUGUUACUUUUCACACCAAAGAGACUGGGCCUCAUGAUUCUCCUGACAUUGCUGUGAGCUCCAUCUGUUUGCCUCUUCAGGGCCAUUAGGUGGUAAUGCCAUUCAUGAGGGGCAAACCAGAGACAUUGUGUUCAUUGUCAGAGGUUCCUUUGAAUGCCAUAAUCACUGGGAUGCUCACGUUCCCCCGAAUGUGUAAACUGGAAUUUCCCAUCAAUGGAAUUACUUGCCCAUGAAUUUGAAUGUUUUUACAAUUAUCCCUGUCAUUACCCAGCAGUAAGCAAAAAUAAACAGAGAAAGUUCUUCCAGUUUGUUCUGAUGGAUAUGCUGGCCAGCUCCCUCAUUCCGCUGUCUGCACUGCCGAUGGUCUGGGUCCUAACUGCAGUAUGAACGCAAAGGAAUGAGCAUUUUCUGCACAUUGUAUAUUUAAUAUUGCAUUGUAGAUCCAGCCUAGCUGGGAAUUAAAGUGGGCUGUGGCCUUAAACUUAAUCACUUAAGGGUAUAAACUGAUUUUCAAAUAUUUUUAGGAAAUUUCACUUGUGCAAUGACGUAAUAUAUAUAUAUAUAUUUCUGUACUGAUAAUAAAUUAGCAAAUGAAUUUCCAACCUGUGUCACUUUAAUGCGUCUGCACUGAAGAACUGAAUGUGAGAUAAACCCGUUGUCUGCACGUACUUAUCCUGUGAAUAAAUAACAGGAAGUUCAAAAAAUCACAGAUGUCCAAUCAGUCCUGGACUCACAUCCACUGAUAUCUUUAAUAAGUUAGAACUAACUACUCCACUAAGCCUAUGCACUUCUAAAUAUUCUCUGAACUUUUGCAGAUAGAGAAUUGAAGUUGCAUUUCCCUGCAGACUGGGAGCCUUAGAACCACAAGGAGAAAGAUGUUGUAUUAUGAAAAAGGAUGUCUCUGUAGUGCUUGAUGUAUGGAACUUGGGUUUGGUGAUUAGUUAAGGAAGGGAGUCAGUCCUGGUGCUAAAGGGCCAGUUCAUCAGAACCCUUCAGACCCCAGUCUAGACUGUAGACUCUGGAUUCACACCUGGAGAAGGACCAGUUGGAUGAACCUUGCCUAGACAGAACCAUAUCAUGGAACGCAGAACACAGAGCAGUUCACCAUAGUUACGGAUACUUCAGUGCUGACCUUGUAGCCCACUGCACAACCAAUCUAACUCCUACACAGCCCAUAGUUCUCCAUUUUCUUUAAUCCGUGUGCCUAUCUCCUAAAUGUCCCAAAUGUAUCUGCCUCUACCACCACUCCUGGCAGUGUGUUCCACACAACCACAACUCUUUGUGUAAAAUAAAACAAACUUUGACAUCCCUCCAUAAAAGAAUGUCCUCUGGUAUCGCUGCCCCAGAUGAUUGUCCACUCUAUCUACCCAACCAUUUCUUGCUGAUCGCUCACCACCCAGCUAGUCCCAGUUUCCUGCACUUGGCUCAUCUUUCUCCAUGUACUUAUCCAAGUGAUACUAGUGUACCAGGCAAAACCACUUCCUCUAGCACCUCAUCACUUCUACUCACCUCCCUCUGUGAGAAAAAACUACUUGUGUCUUUCUCAACUCACCCUAAGCCUACCCUGGCUUGUCUUUGCUACUCAAAAUAAUAAAUGGAAUAAUGUUAACCACCUCCCGAUCUUCAGGAACAUCGUCAAUGGCCAAUGAUGAAGCAAGUAUCUCCACAGAGACUUCCUCAAUUUCUAACAUCCCCUGAAGUCCAAGGAUGCAUUUGGUCAGGCCCUGGAGAUUGAUCUAACUUAAUACCAUGCAAGGCUGCAAAUACUUCCUUCCCAGAUAAAUAGAACAGAACUUUAUUGUCAUUCCUCAAGACAAUAAGAUUGUGGUGCUACUCCAGACUGUGCAAAGCAGAUAGUUACAAUGCAUGUGGUAUGGCUUAAUCAAAAAAAAAAUCCCAUAUUUACAUGAACAAGUGUCCAUAGUCCAUGCCACUCAAAGGUCAUUGGCAAGCUGGGCUGUUGGAUUAUUCAGCUGCCCAACAGCCCUUGGGAAGAAGCUGUUUUUCAGUCUCACUGUCUUGGCUAAGAUGUUUCUGUGUCUCCUACAAGAUGGCAGGAGAUUGGACAGACCGUGCCUGGGAAGGGAUGGGUUUUUAAUAAUGCUACAAGCAGCCGUAAGCAUCGAGAGUUUGUCCCUAGGGACAGUAGUUGAGUCCCAGUGUUGAACUCAGUAAACCCAGAGGAAAAACCUUAAAAGCCCCUCCCAUCUCCUGUGGCACGAGAUGUAGUCAAUCCUGCUGAUCUUUCUGGGUGGUUCUCUCCAUAAAUACCAUAUAACCAUAUAACAAUCACAGCACGGAAACAGGCCAUCUUGGCCCUCCUAGUCCGUGCCGAACCCUUAAUCUCACCUAGUCCCACCUACCCGCACUCAGCCCAUAAC